GUUACUUGCUUAGUUAGUGGGUACUUGCGGCCCCAGAGAGACGCGUUCCCGCCUUGUUUGCCCCGAUGGACAAAGAUAAAGUUAAUGAUAAUAAUGUAGAUAAAGGGGAUAAAGAGUCCGCCUCCUCAUCAUCAUCAUCAGCCGAAUGGAGCGCCAAGCUGGCGGAGCUGAUCGCCUGGUUCGAGGGCAAUCCCAAUCUGCCCGAGAAGAUCGAACCCAUAGUGAUGUUACGAUUCCUCAAGUGUAUGGCGUUCGAUGUCAAGCGAACCAAAUCUCUGGUGGAGCUUAACUAUAGUAUGCGGAAUAAGCAUCCACAUCUGUUCAUGGAUCGCAAUAUGGAGGACAAGAUGACAGCCAAGGGCUUGAGGGUAUCAGAUCUUCUGAUAUUGCCCGGCAUUACGCCCCAGGGAAACAAGCUGCUCUUCUUCCGUAUGGCCGAUCUGGAUCCACAAACGCGUAAUUCCGUGGAAGAGACCAAAAUUUUCUUCAUGAUGAGUGAUGCGCGAUUUACAAUGCCGGAUGUGGAUCGUGGUACCGGAACCGGAACCGAAGAGGCCUACGAAUUGGACGAAGCGAAUAUUGCGAAAGGGGAUGUUCAGAUCGUGGACAUUGAGGGCUAUACUCUUCGUCACCUGGCCUAUGUGUCCAUUUUCGUGCUGCGUAUUUACAUGAAGUUCCUGCAGGAGGCGUAUCCUUCCCGUCUGCAGGCCAUGCAUGUCAUUAAUUGUCCCUCCUAUUUGGACAGGCUCAUCUCCAUGAUGUCCCCCUUUUUGAGGGAGGAAGUUCGCAAUAUGAUCAAGUAUCACACGGAGGGCUUGGAGAGCCUCUAUAAGGAAGUGCCCAGGGAUAUGUUGCCGGAGGAGUACGGCGGAAAGGCGGGCUCUAUAGCGGAACUCAAGGCCCGUGGUGUUCAGUCCAUCAAGGAUAAGAGUGCCUACCUGAGCGAUGAGCGUUACUGGAAAGUGACCUCCCAGAGCAAAAGCCGCUGGUCCUGGUUCUGAUAGUCCAAUAUUCUGAUAACUUCCACACACAUAUCCUGCGAAUGUGAUAUGAUGUAUUCAAAUGUGAUCAACGAGCGCGCCUUGCCAAAGCGAGGCUAUCGAUUAGUCGUCGGGAAAGUGCCCGAAAUUACUACAGGUUUGGGGUUUCAAAAGUAUCGAAGCUGCCCUUCAACAAGAAUUUCUAAUUAUUUUCAUAUUCUAUUACACUCUUACCAUUUAUCUAUGUUAAGUUCAUUUUUUCCAAUUAUCAAAUAAGGGGCUACUGUCGAUUUAUUAGCAGAAAUAUGACCAAUAUAUAUAAUUUACUUGCCAAUAAAAGAAUAUAUUUGUA